AUGCAGAAUGCCCGCACCAUGCCCGACCUGGAGACCUUCAGGCAGCAGCGGGCCAGCGGCUAUUUGCCAUCCAAGGGCGCGGCAGAUCCCCCCAUUAGCCGCUGGCACGUCCCCAGCAGUAGCGCUGGACACGCGGGGCCCGCGGAGCUUCAAGGUGCGGCGGACCCGCCUCGCCCGCGGGCCCACGCUGGCGCGUCCGAAGGGCUGGCCGGGCAUAUCUGCUUCGGAGGCUCCGCGGCUGCCACGGGCGGCGGGGGAGCGCGCGCUCUGCAGGGCGGCCGCCCCCUGGGGCUCGGCCAGCCGCCGGGUGCGGCGGAGGACGCGCGCGGCCGGCUGCAGGAGGUGGAGCGGGCCCUCGACGAGAGGGAGGCCCAGGUGGAGAGCCUCCUGGGGACCUCGCAGGAGCUGCUCGCGCUCGUGAAGGGCCUGCAGGGCGGCCUGGCUCAGCCCAGCGAGUCGACGUCCCGGUGGCAGAGGGACGUCGUCUCGCGGGCCGAGCAGGCCAUCCGCCAGGCGGCCCUCGGGAGCGGCGGGCCCGGCGUGCGCCCCGCGGCCGCGGCCGGCACCCUCAGCUUCGCCACGGACCGCGCCG